CACGGAGGCCUUGAUCGCUUGUGAGCAUCAAUGGACAACGAUACUCCAAGCCAUGUUCUUUGUGCCUUCGGAAACACAAGCAGAGCCGAGACAGGCGGAGCCAGAGAGAAGUAACCUGGCUACCGUGAUGUUGAAUGUAAUGAGGGGAGUAAUGUGGAACAACAAACUACUGCAGGCACACCUGCACGUGGAACGACAGCAAAGACAACAGUACCAGCAAGACCUGACCGCUGUAACGGCUGCCUUCCGCGACGCAGCAACGCAGCAGCAGCAACAGCAACAGCUGUUGAACUCUACCAUCGCACGCAUCAACAGCAUUGAGGCCAAGGCCUCAGUAGCCCCAGGUUGCACAACAGACGAGACGAAGCAGCUCAAUGGGCGCAUCGAUCAUGUCGUCAAACUCAUCGGCAAUAUAGGUGUUUUCAAUGGGCCGGACACGAUCAGUAGCACGGUGGCCGCCAUCAAGACGAACAUCACCAAGCUGCAGACGAGACCGGACGCCACUACGAAGACUUACAAGAUGCCGCACUUCGACAUCAGCAAGUUCGACGACUGCAACAAGUCUGACGCCUUGACAUGGUGGCAACGUUUCCUCACGGAAGCAGCAUGCCGCACAGUCCCGGCGGACGACAUGAUGAAGGCGCUCUAUUUGCAACUGAUUGGAGGAGCGCAGACAUGGAUGAACCAUCUGGCGGCUACUAACAAAUGCACCAUCCUGGUACCACCACUAGACCAGCCAAGCCACGUGCACUUGGAUUGCGCAUGCGCAGCCUGUACACCGUCGGCAAGUGAUCCGGUCAGUUCGCCACUGACUUCCGAGGACUCGACGGCGUGGUCAAGGCUUGAGGAGCUUGACCCGCUCACGAGAAAGGACUUCGCUUGGAUGCCUCUACCCUCGAUCGGAACCUUGCCAAGGCCGCAUUGCAACGCCUUGAUGGCAACUCUACGCUCCUAUUUGCACGCUACAGUACCAGCUCCGUUGACAGACGACGGAGUAGCGGUUGUCGAUCUCCGCUCCUAUCUGGCGAACAUUGACCGCGAGUACGCCGCCCAAAGGAACGCCGAAACCAAAGCGCCUUUGCUCUAUAUCCGCAUUCAAAUCGGAAAGGCAACCUGUAGUGCCUUGAUUGAUUGCGGAGCGUCUCGCAACUUUAUGAGCCAAGCCUUUAUGGCCCGCGCAGGUCUUGGCCCGCACGUUCGAAGGAAGACGCAACCUACGCAAGUUACACUCGCGGACGGCCGCACGCAAAAGUCAAUUGACCGAUGCGUCGAUGGCGUUCCGGUAUACUUUGCGCCACUUGCGUGCGAGCCGGUGUCUUUUGACAUCCUCGACACCAAGUUCGACAUGAUUCUAGGCAUGUCUUGGUUGCGUAGCGCCGAUCAUCCGGUGAACUUCCAUGACCAAACCGUUCACACCCGUGAUCGGAACGGAGUGUUAGUCCCAUGUACGGUCGCGACCCCUCACACUUCGAUUGUUUGUCACGUGGUUUCCGUUGCGAGAAUUCGCGACGCCAUUGCUCGAAAUGACGUCGAGGAGAUGGGCCUUGUAAUUUUUCAUGCUCUCCCCUCGCCGGACGGACCAACCGCGUCACCGCCGGACCCACGCAUUUCUCACCUCUUGGACGAGUAUAGAGACGUCUUCGAGGCUCCCACCGGAACGGUUCCAGAUCGGCCCAUAAGUCACGGGAUCACUCUCGAGGCUGGCGCCGUCCCUCCGCGUGGAUGUAUCUACCGCAUGAGCGAAGAGGAACUCGAGGUGCUUCGCGCACAACUCGAUGACCUUCUCGACAAGGGUUGGGUUCGCCCUAGUUGCUCGCCAUACGGUGCCCCUGUUCUCUUCGUCAGGAAGAAGAACAAAGAUCUAUGGUUAUGCAUCGAUUAUCGAAAACUUAACGCACAAACCGUAAAGAACGCCGACCCUCUCCCUUGGAUUGAUGAUCUCCUUGAGCGGUUAGGCGACGCGACGUACUUCUCGAAGUUGGACUUGAAGUCAGGUUACCACCAGAUUGAAAUCCAGCCUCAAGAUCGGUACAAGACCGCAUUCAAGACGCGGUACGGGCAUUUUGAGUGGGUUGUCAUGCCUUUUGGCCUCACCAAUGCCCCCGCAACUUUUCAAGCAGCUAUGACGACUGAGUUUUGUGACUUGCUCGAUCGCAGCGUCCUCAUCUACCUCGAUGACAUCUUGGUCUAUAGCAGGACGUUGGACGAGCACAUCACACACCUUCGUGCUGUUGUGAAUCGUUUACGACUGGCAAAUUACAAAGCGAACCGCGACAAGUGUGAGUUCGCCAAGCAAGAGCUCGAGUAUUUGGGCCACUAUGUUACGCCAAAAGGCAUUCGUCCCUUAACGGACAAGAUCCAAGCCAUCGUGGAUUCGCCGGAACCCCGUUACUUGCAGACUUCUGCACCCCUCAUCUUCGCCAACUAUGAGAAGACACGACUUGCCAAGGCAGCAACUCGUCCCACCCGACCCAUCUCGGUAUCGGACAGACAACUCCGCCCUCGCAGGUAGCUCGGUCUUUUAAGAGGGGGAGUGUGUUACAUCUUCGACGCCACACGGGUCCUACUAGACCCGACAUAGGGGUAGA